GCAGGAAAACAAGGAACCAAAUUUGACCUUGGAUGUUCCAAAACCGAGCGAAAAGGAACGACAAGUUGCGAUUAAAAAAUUAACAGAUAUCAGUAGAGCAUCUGCCUGGCACGUUCAUCGAUGGCCUCUACAAAAAAAAUGUGUCGAAUAUCGCACGAGGAUGCAUCUCCCGCGGACCUAUUUAGCACGGGGCGGAGUGGAUGUACGAGGGAUUUCAGAGGGGAUGGAUCUCAAUCAAUUCGUAUUUGAACAUUAUAUGGAGUUGAAAGAGGGGAAAGCUGACGGUGUAAAGGCAGUGAAUUAUGUUCACGCGGAUGACGUCGUAUCAAGAAGGCAUGAGUAUCUGGGACCAGAUCCGAGAAUUGCGGGUUACUUCUUUGACAACUAUGGGGAGGUUCACAUACGAUGGUGGGACGGGUUUCUCAAAGAUCAGUGGAUGGACCAACAAAAAUGGAAACUUAGUGUUAAAGUGGACGGUUCAGGUCAAUGGGUAGUAAAGGAGGAUUGAUAAGAAAGCUGGUAAGUAAGUAUUAGCGAGGGGCGGGUUACCAGAUGGAGGGGUCUAAUAGUUGCUCAGAGCAAUUGC